UUAAGUGGGCUAAUCGAAACAAUCAAAGCAAUCGCCCAAAAAAAAUAGUUUCAUCAAAUUAUACUAGAUUAAAAGUUAAGUUAACUUAAUUUGUUCGACCAUAAUUGAGGUAAAACUCUAUAAGCCUUCCACAUUUCCACGCUAUUUAUUUAUAAACAACAAUGGGUUUAAAAAAGGCUCUGGACGAUUGCCUUAUUGAUUUCGAUUGUCGCGUGAUGAUCACCGACCUGCUGGAGGAAUACAAGCUAUCCUACAAGGAGGUGAACGACACUUUGGAGGCGUAUAUCAAAGAGCAGGAGCCGGCAACGAAAUUCGAGAAGCGAUUCCUGGUCCAUGGCACGGGACUGACAAAUGGCACAAAUGAUGAGUUCUACACCAUUGUGCAAGAGAGCAAGCUGGAGGACUGGCGCAACAAGCUGCGAGAUGCGCAGUGGCAGCUUUACAGCGUGGAGAUUGCAGGGGGCUCCAAGUCGCCGGCGACUGUGUUCCGUCCCAUGCAGCACCUGGAGGUGAAGCUGGCCGGCGUGAAGAGGCGCGCUGGCACCAGAAUAGCUGUGGAUAGGCCCACAAAUGGUGCGCAGAACGCAGGGCCAUCUACCAAUGGUGUCCAUAAGGCAGCUCCUGCUUUGAAUGGCGGCUCCAAGGGUGCUGCUGCUACAAAUGGAGUGAAAUCAGAGUCCGUAAAGCCUGCCACCAGCAAGGAAAACCCUGAAACCGAAAUAAAGAAGACAUCCCCCAAAGAGCAGACAGCAAAGGGGAAACCUGCAAAGAAGGGCAGCAUCAAUAGCUUCUUUUCAGCAGCAGCAGCUCCUGCGGCCGGCAGCAAACCCAAAGAAGUCAAGGCCACGCCAAGCAAAGCCAACACAAUGGACAAUUUCUUCAAGAAACAACCAGCAGGAGCAGCAGCUCCCGCUGCGGUCAAGAAAUCCCCUGAAAGUGAGGCCAAGAAAUCACCUCCGAUUCAGGCGAAGAAGGAAUCCACAGCCAACACGUCCAUUCAACUGUUUGCCGAAGAGAGCGCCGAAUCCUCCGACGAGGAGGAGAAACUGGACAAGAUUCGACGCAAAGUAAUGGCCUCCGACAACGAGUCCGACCAGGAGAAGCCCUCCACGAGCAAGCGUCGUCGCAUCAGCGAUUCCGACGACGACGAACAGCAGCCCUCCAAGAAGAACGCCGAAGAAGAAGUCGUCACGUUGGAUGAUGAAAUGGAGACGGAACCCUCCAAUGAAACCUUUCUGGAUGACGAGGGCUUUGUUAUUACCCAGCGGAAGCCCACAAAGCAAUCAAAGGCUGUCAAAAAGAAGGCUUCACCGCCAGCUACCAAAAAGAAUGGUUCGCCGUCAGAUUCGGCUCCAGCGGCCAAGAAGAAAUCCCCUCCUGCGUCGACCAAAGUCAGCAAGGAGGCAGCCAAACAAAAGCAAGGAAACAUCAUGAGUUUCUUUACCAAAAAGUAGCAGGAGAAUUCGAGUGGAAAAAUUAUAUUGGAAUGAAUCCAAAAGAAUGAUUUUAAUUGCUUAAAUGUAUUGAUCUAAGAUUUUUGAAUGAAUUUCAUAUACACCAGCGAAAAUAAAUUAUUAUUAAUCUUCUGCCUAUUGGAUGGGUCAA